AUGAGCCCUGAGUUGCUGUUGGAGAAAUGGUCCAAGGAGGUGAUGGACAGCUUCCUAGCAAGCAAUACUGAAUUUACCGAUACCAACCCCACAGCCAUUGGUCUUGCUAAAUCCGUGGAUGAGUUGAAGCCAGUUGUACUUGGAUUGAAAACAUCCAAUGAUUUGCUUGUUAAAGAACUCGGCUCUGUGGCAAAAGAGCUUGCAAUGAAGACAGCUGCAGUGUCACUCUAUCAAGAAGAACUUGCCAAGAUCAAGGAAAAAUUAAGGAUCACAAACCAGCGGCUCACAAACGCAAACGUGAAGCUCUCCUGCAUCAAAACACCGGAUCCAGUGAAACGGAGAAUGGAUACUUUUGAUGAUGAUGAUGACGAACCAGUAGCCAAACAACUGAAAUUUGGCAUAGAAUUGCCAUCUCCUUUACCAACGCCAAGUCAAGGAGUUGAUGACAUGGAGGACAUGGAGCAAGAGAAAGACUAUUCGCCAAAAA